AUGAGUGCAUUCUCAGGAUUCAGUGAAGAAGAGUUGAAACGAAUCAAAUCCGGUGAAACUGGCACUCAGAGUGGUAUACAACUAAAUACAACUAAUAAUUUGAAGCCUGCACUUCUUGGUAAGUCACGAUACACCAAAAAUAUGAAGUUAAAGACUAUCACAAAACAGUCUUCUGAUGAAGCUAUAGACAACAUAGAGUUUGACAAGUGCAAGUUAAGUUUAAGGUCUCCAGUUACACCUAAGUCACAAGUUACUGAAAUGGAAUUAAACAAUGAUGAUAAGGAAAAUGUGGACAAAAAUGAAAAUAUAUCUGAUAUAGAAAAUGGUACUGGACCUUCAGAAACAAUUAUUAAUACAAACAAUAAUCUAGACAGUUUUAAUAGUAUACAAAGCAGUAGGAAAGAUAGCUCAGCCACAACUCCAGAUAUUGUAAGAGGAAUGGAUAAUUAUUCAGAAGAUGAGACAGCAACUCAUAAGGUGAAGUUAGAACAUUUACAACUGAGGCAGAAGCUGAUGGAAGAACAGAAUAAAAAGAGAAAAGAAAUGCUUGCUAGAGCACUUGCAGACAGGACAAAACAAACAGCAGAAGAGGUGAUGCGACUGGAGAAGAUUAAGAAAGAAUUGCAGAUAUUAGACAGCCAGUUCUCACAUGAUGUCGCUUUAUUGAGAGGGAAGAUUGACCAAGCGUGCUUGACUUACGCAGAAGCUGAAAAACACUACCUGAAAGUGGAAAUGGAGUUCUUGCAAGCAAAAAUUCAGCUGCAAAAGGAGAAAGAGAAGAAGGAGUUGUUAACUGAACACUUGUGCGCCUUGAUUACCCACAACGAAACCAGAAAAGCGCAAAAACUCGAGACCUUAAUGUUAGAGCUCGCCACAGAUAAAAAACUGGAUAACAUUAGUCCCGCCGAAAAUGAAACUUCCAUAGUUGUCGAUGGCGUUGAUGAAAAGACUGGUAAGAUGGUUGAGCUGGCUCCUGGAAGUUAG